AUGGCGGCCACCGUCAGAGCAGGACAGGACCAAGCCCCCGGUUUUGUCCCCAUGGAGGCCCCUGGCGAACAGGGCCAGACAGGCAUCCAAGGCCCCCCAGGCCCCCCAGGGCCCCCUGGACCAAGUGGCCUUCUGGGGCCUCCAGGACUGCCCGGCCCCAUGGGACCGCCUGGCUUACCUGGACCUCCUGGACCCAAGGGAGACCCUGGAGUCCAGGGCUACCACGGCCGGAAGGGAGAAAGGGGCAUGCCAGGGAUGCCCGGCAAGCACGGCGCCAAGGGGGCGCCAGGAAUCGCGGUGGCCGGGAUGAAGGGUGAGCCUGGGACCCCAGGAGCCAAGGGCGAGAAGGGGGCUGCGGGCGCUCCCGGGCUCCUUGGACUCCUGGGGCAGAAGGGAGAGAAGGGCGACGCAGGAAACGCCAUUGGAGGAGGCAGAGGGGAGCCCGGACCCCCAGGACUCCCGGGGCCCCCGGGGCCAAAGGGAGAAGCUGGCGCUGAGGGCCAGGCCGGGGCCCCUGGACAGCAAGGAAGCAAGGGGGAUCCCGGAGCAGCUGGAGUGCAGGGACCCGCUGGCCCCCCGGGCGCCAAGGGGGAACCGGGCAAAGGCAAGAUGGUGGGCUACAACGGCAACAUCAGCGAGGCGCUCCAGGAGAUCCGCACGCUGGCCCUGAUGGGCCCACCUGGUCUUCCCGGGCAAAUCGGCCCACCUGGUGCUCCAGGGACCCCAGGCCAAAAGGGGGAGAUCGGGCUGCCGGGGCCUCCAGGCCAUGACGGGGAAAAGGGGCCUCGAGGCAAACCCGGAGACAUGGGCCCGCCCGGUCCCCAAGGCCCCCCGGGAAAGGCCGGGCCUGCAGGCACCAAGGGAGAAGGCGGAGAGACGGGGAGCCCAGGAGAGAAGGGGGCCAAGGGGGAGCCGGGCCAGGCGGGCUCUCCGGGUCUGGAUGGCCCAACUGGGGAGAAAGGAGAACCAGGCAGCCCAGGCAGACCAGGGGCCACAGGGCUGCCCGGCCCCAUCGGGCUGCCGGGAUUCACGGGAGAGAAAGGAGAGCCCGGGGAGAAGGGGGACUCAGGAGCAGAGCUUCCUGGGCCACCUGGGCCAGAAGGGCCUCCCGGACCUCCGGGCCUCCAGGGCGUUCCUGGACCAAAGGGGGAAGUGGGACUGGAAGGAGCGAAGGGAGAGCAAGGCAUCCAGGGAGAAAAAGGAGACCGAGGGGCGCUGGGCCUCCCCGGAGCUUCAGGUUUGGACGGCAGGCCUGGGCCACCGGGUACUCCGGGACCAACUGGAGUUCCAGGCCCAGUGGGACCAAAGGGAGAGAGGGGCAGCAAAGGUGACCCUGGGAUGACAGGACCAAUGGGAGCAGCCGGGCUUCCUGGUUUACACGGACCACCUGGGGACAAAGGAAACCGGGGACACCGAGGUUUUAAAGGCGAGAAAGGGGAGCCAGGGCUACCUGGGCUGGACGGACUGGAUGCCCCGUGCCCAUUGGGCGAAGACGGCUUACCCGUCCAGGGCUGCUGGAACAAGUGAUGCCUCUAACCUAGGAUUGGCCUGAGUGUGUGUGUGUACAUAGAAUAUUUAUUUUUAUACAGUUUUCACUCUCUGAAAAUGCCAGAAGGAUGAUGCAUAUUACAGAUUAUUAAAAAACGAAAAGAAAAAAAGAAAGCCUUACAUACUUUGUACAGAAAAUACCAACCUCCUAACGUUUUUUUAUUUGUUUGUUUACAAGACGCAUAAGUCCUGGACCCUAAUACACUUUUUGUUCGUGAGCAUGGCCAGAUGUUUGCAUGGUAUUUGUGCACACUUAUUAAGGAUGGACGCUUAAUAAAUUAUUGAGUUCUGGUGCCAAAAGGGGGCUCCACCGGCACCGAGGUGCAGGCUGCCUUCCCCCUCAAGUGAAUUCACAGAAACGCAGAGGGCCACAGUGAUCGGCCAAGCAACGCGUGACUAUGGACACU